GCGGCGGCAGUAGCGGCAGCAACUGUUGCGGCCGCCUGACGGGAGCCCGUGCUUCGGCCGCUGACGGGAGCUCGAGCCGCGGCCCAGCGAUGCUGGAGGAGCCGGAGUGCGGGGCGCCGGGCCCCAGGACAGCGGCCGCAGCUAUGGAUUGCAAAGACAGACCAGUGUUUCCAGUUAAGAGGUUAAUACAAGCCCGUCUGCCCUUCAAGCCUCUGAACCUUGUCCCCAAGGAGAAAACUGAGGACAUGUCUGAGGACUCAAUCACCUCGCAGAGUGCUUCUGUGGGAGGCAAACUCCCCGGUUUAGAACCUAUGGACAACUUGGAGAACAGCUGUCACCUGGCUUCUGAUCUGGACUUGAGACCGAAGCUUGUUAAUGGGAAGGGCCCCAUAGAUAGCUUCCUGAGAGGUGGAGUCAAAGCCAGCCCAGACGUGGUCAUCAUUGACCUGACAGAGGACUCCAGUGACCUGCCUGACAGUGUUGCCAUGCACAGCAAACUCUGCCCUGAACCUUCCCUCUGCAGGGAUGUUGUCACUGAAGAAGUUACAGAGCAACAGGGGACCACGAAGGUGACGGCUAUUCACAGCAUGGAACUGGCUUUUCCUGUAAAGAACCUUUCAGACAUUCCUUGUCAUAUGGAGGAGGAGCAUGGUGGCCCAGGAGGGCCAGAGAGGACCAGCAGCCCCCAUAAGGGCUUGCCACAGAGCUGUCCUGAGCUGGAUGGCUGGACUGAGGCCGGCAGCAUCCUGUUCAAAGACAGGGUGCCUGUGGUGGUCUUGCAUGACAUCCUGGCCAAGAACCCUCCUGGAGCCAGGUCCCCUCUCACUACACCUUACAGAAGUGCAACCCCUGAUAGUGAGGUGCUGGAGUCCUGCCCGGAAGAUGACUCUGUCCUGAGUCACUCGUCUCUUAGCUUCUCUUCUCCCACCAGCUCGCCUGAGGGGCCAUCUGUGCCACCAACACAGCACCCUGGGAUCAGCCCCUCCCCUACCUCUACCCCUGUCUGCAAAGAAUCCAAGAGGUUCAUCAAAGGCUCCUCAGAAAAGAACAGAACGAAACUACAACGAGACAGAGAGCGUCUCAAAGAAGAGAAGGAGAAGCUGAGGGAAGAGGCUCGUCGGGCCAGGGAGGAGGCCAGGCGGAGGAAGGAGGAGGAGAAGGAACUGAAGGAGAGGGAGCGGCGGGAGAAACGUGAGAAGGAAGAGAAGGAGAAGGCUGAGAAGCAGCGCCUCAAGGAGGAGCGGCGCAAGGAGCGGCAGGAGGCUUUGGAGGCUAAACUGGAGGAGAAGAGGAAAAAGGAGGAGGAGAAACGGUUACGAGAAGAAGAAAAGCGUAUUAAGGCAGAGAAGGCUGAAAUUACAAGAUUCUUUCAGAAACCAAAGACUCCACAGGCCCCCAAGACCCUGGCUGGCUCCUGUGGGAAGUUCGCCCCAUUUGAGAUUAAAGAGCACAUGGUCCUCGCCCCACAGUGUCGGGUAUCUGUUGACCAGGAUCUGUCUGAAAGGCUGGACCGGUUCCUCCAGCACGAGGAUGGAGACGCUUCCUACUUGCGAGACCUGAAGGCCCGUCGGCCCCUCACAUCUGGGCCUGCCCGGGUCUGCAGUAGUGACACUGAUACUGUCAAUAGGGACGUUGUCAUUGUGGAAAACAGCAAGGUGGAUGGUGUACCUGAGAGGAGGAAGUUUGGCCGUAUGAAGCUGCUACAGUUCUCAGAGAACCACCGGCCAGCCUACUGGGGGACAUGGAAUAAGAAGUCAGCCCUCAUCCACCCACGCCACCCAUGGGCCCAGGACAAGAGCCUCCUUGACUACGAGGUAGACAGUGAUGAAGAGUGGGAAGAGGACGAGCCUGGGGAGUCCCUGUCGCACAGUGAAGGGGAUGAUGAUGAUGAUUUGGGUGAGGAUGAGGACGAGGAUGAUGGCUUUUUUGUGCCCCAUGGGUACCUUUCUGAGGAUGAAGGUGUGACUGAGGAGUGUGCUGACCCCGAGAACCACAAGGUGCGCCAGAAGCUGAAGGCCAAGGAGUGGGACGAGCUGUUGGCCAAGGGCAAGCGCUUCCGCAUCCUGCAGCCCACACAGGUUGGCUGCGUGUGGGCAGCGGACGUGGACAGCUGUGCGGGUGCUGACCUAAAGCUGCUGCAGCAGUUUACAGCAUGCCUGCUGGAGAGUGCACCCCCUGAUGAGGAGCCAGCUCCCAGGGCCUCCAAGCGGGAGAAGCGCGACCAGCAGAUCCUAGCCCAGCUUCUUCCCUUGCUGCAUGGCAACGUGAAUGGAAGCAAGGUGAUCAUCCGUGAGUUCCAGGAGCACUGCCGCCGUGGCCUGCUGAGUCCCCAUGACACCAGCCGCUCCCCAAGCCCCCACCCGCAGACCCCCACUCCUAUGCCCAUGGAGGAUGCUGCUGCAGUGCCCUCCAAGGCCAGGCUGAAGCGGCUCAUCUCUGAGAACUCUGUGUAUGAGAAGAGGCCCGACUUUCGCAUGUGCUGGUAUGUGCACCCCCAGGUGCUGAAGAGCUUUGAUCAGGAGCGUCUGCCUGUGCCUUGCCAAUGGAGCUACGUCACCACUGUGCCCUCAGCCCCCAAGGAGGACAGUGGCAGUGUACCUGCUGUGGUGCCUGGCCAAGGUACGCCCAUGCCGCUGAAGCGGAAGCCAGCAGGCACCAUGUGCAUCACCCAAUUCAUGAAAAAGAGGCGGCAUGACGGGCAGGUUGGCCCUGGGGACUUGGAUGGCUUCCAGGCAGACACAGAAGAGGAGGAGGAGGAAGAGGAUGGCGAUUGUAUGAUCGUGGACAUGCCGGAUAUUGGGGUGGCCUUGGAACCCUGUGGACCUGCCUCUGAAGCCAAUGGCACAGUAGACCUGGGCACCCAUGAGAUCCCAAUCCCGCUGCCUGCAAGCCCGCUGGCCGCCUCCUGAGUGCAGGCCUUGCACCUGCCACAUACUUGAACGCCUCCUCCUGUGUAAACAGCACUUUGCCCUGCUUUGCAGACCUGAGUCUGCAGAGCUUGAGUAGGACGCUGAUGAGUUCCUUCAUGCGUUUGUAAAUUUCCCCACAAAGCUGCAUAUUAACCUGCCCUUUAAUAAAGCAUUAUUGACAGGUGAUGACCCCAGGAGGAAAGCUUGUGCUGGGGUCAGGUGCCUGUAAAUGAAUUUUGAAGUACCAGGGCACCUGUGGCUGUGGCACGGCCCUUGGGCCUCUGGACAGAUGCGAAAGUGUAUAAACUUACUCCACCCCUGGAACAAAUGUGUAAGUGUAUAAAUGUACUCUACCCUGA